AUGACAGUGGCUUGGGCGCUGAGAAGCGCUGAGAAGGGGAUCUGGGCAGCGAUACCGACGACGGUGCGUGGAGGCCGUCGCAGCUCUGUCGGUCGUCGCGUAUCUGCAAUUCUGCAAUCGGCGCUCUGGGGCGGAGGGCGGAGGGCGCCGCUAUCUGUGACCCCUCGCCGAUUUGUUUACGCGCAUCUCGGCCAUAUUGAUGAUUCGUGGGUUCUCACCAUCCACGAAGCACAACGGUCAAUGGUGAUGCGGCGCGACACCAUCGAGGCCUGCGUCGAGAGCCGCACGCUUUUCCGAGAAACACGGAGCAACUAUAUCUGCACCGUCGACGCCAUAGGUACGAUCGCAAACUGGUUC